ACAUUUUUAAACAAAAACACAGCCGAGAACAUUUCACACUACAGACCUGGAUUAAAAGUGAAGGGUUAUCAAAAUUGUCAAUAAAACAUUUCUCCGUCAAAAUAAGUAAAAUAUAGGGAAAGUGUCAUUGAAUGAAAUGUGUGGCACCCAGCUCUACUGCUGAGGUUCCUGACAAAGAGCUGCUUUCAGUAAUGAUCAAUUUUUAAACAACAUGCCACAAUUUUAAAAUAUAAAAUGUUAAAAUAUACCCCUCCCCCCAACACCACCAUCAUGUAUAUUGGACAGUAGGCUAAUGGGCCAAAAGAACCUGUUAUUUCACAGUUUGUGACGCUGCCAACAAUCAGCCAGAUCAGAGGCAAGAGUAUGGGCAAAAUUGAUGUUUUUUCUUUUAAAAUCUGGAAAUAUCGUAACCGACCAGCCUCCCCUGUUUGAAAGACUACCAGCCGCCACUGCCGUGAACCAUUCAGUCAUUCCAACUGCACACCUCACUGCGGUUUCACUGUUCUCAUACAUGUCUUGCACCACUCUAAUAUACUUCUCAUUCACUCCACACGUUCUCAUACAAUACCAUAACUCUUCUCUCGGCACUCUAUCGUAUGCCUUCUCCAGGUCUACAAACACACAAUGUAGCUUUCUCUGGCCUUCCCUGUACUUUUCCAUUAACAUUCUUAAUGUUAAAAAAAUUGCAUCUGACGUGCAUAUACCCAUCGUAAACCUUGGCAUAAACCCGUACUGCUGUUCACAGAUUGCUACCUCUCUUCUCAAUCUCGCCUCCAAUACCCUUUCCCAUAACUUCAUGGUGUGGCUCAUCAAUUUUAUCCCUCUGUAAUUACUGCAGCUCUGUACAUCUCCCUUAUUCUUGUAUAUUGGGACUAGCACACUCUUUCUCCAUCCAUUCGGCAUUUUCUCAUUCUCUAAGAUCUUAUUAAACAAUCUCAUUAGGAACUCCACAGCCAUAUCAUCCAAACAUCUCCAAGCCUCAAUUGGGAUACCAUCUGGUCCGACUGCUUUCCCAGUCUUCAUUCUUUUCAUGGCUGCCCUCACCUCAUCCUUACUAACCAACUCUACUUCCUGAUUUGCUGUCUCCAAUGAAUCUGACCUUUUCUCUCUUGAAUUCUCCUCAUUUAAUAAAUCCUCAAAGUACUCUUUCCACCUUCUUAAUACACUCUCUUUGUUUGUCAGCACAUUUCCAUUUACAUCUUUCAUCACUCUUACCUGCUGUACAUCACUCGCUUCCCUGUUUCUCUGCCUAGCUAGUCUGUACAGGUCUUUCUCUCCUUCUUUGGUCUCCAGUCUUUCAUACAACUCCUGGUAUGCAUCUGCUUUCGCCUUUGCUACCUCUCUUUUUGCCUUCUGUCUCGUCUCUCUGUAUAACCGCCUGCUUUCCUCAUCUCUCUGAUCCUCCCAAUUCCUCUUUGCUAGCCUCUUCUCUUUUAUAAUUUCCUGCACUUCUUUGUUCCACCACCAUGUCUCCUUGUCUUUCUUCCUCCUUCCCAAUGACCACCCUAGCACCUUCCUUGCUGCCUCUCUUACUAGUAUAGCAGUAGUAUCCCAAUCUUCUAGCAAACUUCCAUUACCACUCAAUGCUCGUCUCAUUUCUUCCCUAAACUUCUGAUGUUCAGCCUCUUUUAGUUUGCACCACUUAAUCUUCGGCUCCACUAUUUCUUGCUUCCUCUUUUUCACUUUCAAGCUCACCCUGCACACAACCACUCGAUGUUAUCUAGCUACACACUCCCCUUCCAUCACUUUACAGUCUCCAAUCUCCUUCAGGUUACCCCUUCUGCAGAGUAUGUAGUCCACCUGUGUAGAUCUUCCUCCACUCUUAAACGUCACCUUUUGCUGCUCUUUCUUCUCGAAGUAUGCGUUGACUAUUGCCAAAUUCAUGCUCUUUGAAAAAUUAACCACAUUUGCCCUUCCACAUUUCUCUCUCUUACGCCAUAUCUGCCCAUCAUGUCCUCAUCUCCUCUGUUUCCCUCACCAACAUGUCCAUUGAAAUCUGCUCCAAUCAGCACGCGCUCCUCCCUUGGUAUACUUUCUACCACUUCAUCCACCUUUUCCCAGAAAGACUCUUUCUCUUCAUUCUCACAUCCAACCUGUGGGGCAUACACACACACAACUUCAUGCCUAUCACUCUAUCUGACACCCUCUUCACAUCAAUCACACUGUUGACCAACUCUCCCCUCAAAACAAUACCAACACCAUUUCUCUUUCCAUUGACUCCAUAAUAAAACAACUUGCAUCCACCUCCAAUGUUCUUGGCCUUGCUUCCCUUCCACCUCGUCUCCUGCACACACAAAAUGUCCAACUUCCUUCUUUCCAUCAUACCUGCUAACUCUCUCACUCUGUCAGUCAAUGUUCCCACAUUCAGUGUUCCUACCCUCAAUUCUAAGCUCCUUCCCUUCCAUCUUUCACGCUCUCUCCUAACACGCCUCCCCCUCUCUUUCUCCUUCUCUGUUUUGGCGCAACAGUAGCAUAGUUUCCACCAGUACCCUGUUGACCAACAGUACUGGAGGCGGCCGUUGUUAACCCGGGCCCCGACCUAUCCGGUAUGGUAUUUCUCUUUUCAAUCCGCAUGUUAGAUUUGGCACAGUUUUACGCCGGAUGCCCUUCCUGACGCAGCCCUCUCCAUUUAUCCGGGCUUGGGACUGGCACCAAGAGUAUGCUUAUGCACCCCCAGUGGCUGGAUUUCACCAUGCAAGAUGAUAUUCAUAUUUGAUAUAUCUAUGCAUGCAUACCAACUAAAACUACAUAUAGUAUAAUGUAUGGCAAAUAAGAAGAGAAUAAAACGUAAGGCUAUCAUCCACAGUGUCCCAGAGUGAAAGGUGCUAGUGGAGCAAAAUAUUUGCAGCAACUCCUCCAGCACCAUCACACUAAACACGGGGGCCCCCCAAGGAUGUGUGCUAAGCCCCCUCCUCUUCACUUUGCUGACCCACGACUGCACACCAACAUCCAGCUCAAAUAUCUUCAUUAAGUUUGUGGAUGACACGACUGUGGUGGGUCUCAUCAACAACGGCGAUGAGACAAUCUACAGGAGUGAGGUGAGCCGCUUGGCCAUGUGGUGCAAGGACAACAAUCUCCAUCUGAACGUGGAGAAGACGAAGGAGAUUGUUGUGGACUUCAGGAGAGAGCACACCCAGCAUGCUCCACUAUCUAUCGACGGUGCUGCAGUGGAGAGGGUGAGCAGCACCAAGUUUCUGGGUGUGCACAUCUCUGAAGACCUGUCCUGGAACAACAACACCGCAUCACUGGCCAAAAAAGCCCAACAGCGUCUGUACUUCCUCCGCAAACUGAGGAGAGCAAGAGUCCCGGCCCCCAUCAUGCACACAUUCUACAGAGGCACCAUCGAGAACAUCCUGACCAGCUGCAUCACCGUGUGGUACGGCGCCUGCACCGUGUCCUGCUGCAAGACUCUGCAGCGCAUCUUGAGAGCAGCUGAGAAGAUAAUUGGUGUCUCUCUCCCUUCUCUUAUGGAUAUCUAUAACUCCUGCCUCACCCGCAAAGCCAUCAGGAUUGCAGGUGACCCCACCCACCCAUCUCACAGCCUCUUCAGCCUGCUGCCGUCGGGGAGGAGACUGCGGAGUCUCCGGGACAAAACCAGCAGGCUCAAGAACAGUUUCUUUCACCAGGCGGUCAGGAAGCUCAACUCCCUCCCUGUUCUGCCCCUCCUCCCCCCUCUGCCUCCUGCCACAGAUUCUGCUCGCACACACCCCUUCAGCAUCUGACAUGUCAUCCUCACAGUCCCCCCCCCAACACACACACACACACACACACACACACCUCAUCGUUCAUUAACACACUGAACUCAGGGACCGCACAUCUCACUUUACCUCGCCCAUUUGCACUAUUCCGCACUACCUCAUCUUAACAGCUGCUAGUUUGUUUAUUCUGCUUAUUUCAUGUUUCAUGUUUACCUGCUAUACCUCAAGUGCCCUUGACUGUUUGGUUAUUUGUACCAAUUUAUGUGUGUGUGUAUGUACAGUUGUGUUCAAAAUAAUAGCAGUGUGUUUAAAAAUGUGAGUAAAGCUCAAAAUCCUUAUAAUAGUUUUUAUUUCCAUGCAUUAGGAACACUGCACAUUAUAUUCUACAUCAAAACAUGAAGAAAAAUUUAUGAAUAUUUUAAUUACUUUACAGAAAAUGAAGAAAAAUGAACAUUGGGCUGUUCAAAAAAAUAGCAGUGUCUGCAUUUUUCAUUACAAACUCCAAAUAUUUACUGUAUAAACUGAAAAAAAUCUUAAGGAUUUAGUAUUCCUGUGAAUCACUAAACUAAUAUUUAGUUGUAUAACCACGGUUUCUGAGAACUUCUGGCACCUGUGAACAAGUAUUCCAGCCCAGGAUGAUUUGACAACAUUCCACAAUUCCUCUGCAUUUCUUGGUUUUGCCUCAGAAACAGCAUUUUUGAUGUCACCCCACAAGUUUACGAUCGGAUUAAGGUCCGGGGAUUGGGCUGGCCACUCCAUAACUUUCAUUUUGUUGGUCUUGAACCCUGAUGCUGCUCGCUUACUGGUGUGUUUGGGGUCGUUGUCUUGUUGAAACACCCAUUUCAAGGGCAUUUCCUCUUCAGCAUAAGGCAACAUGACCUCUUCAAGUAUUUUGAUAUAUGCAAACUGAUCCAUGAUCCCUGGUAUGCGAUAAAUGGGCCCAACACCACAGUAAGAGAAACAUUCCCAUAUCAUGAUGCUUGCACCACCAUGCUUCACUGUCUUCAGAGUGUACUGUGGCUUGAAUUCAGUGUUUGGGGGUCGUCUGAAAAACUGUCUGUGGCCCUAGGACCCAAAAAGAACAAUUUUACUUUCAUCAGUCCACUAAAUGUUUUUCCAUUUCUCUUUAGGCCAGUCGAUGUGUUCUUUGGCAAAUUGUAUCCUCUUCAGCACGUCUUUUUUUUAACAGUGGAACUUUGCGGGGGCUUCUUGCCGAUAGAUUAGCUUCAUACAGGCAUCUUCUAAUUGUCACAGUACUCACAGGUAACUUCAGACCGUCUUUGAUCACCCUGGAGCUGAUCAUUGGCUGAGUCUUUGCCAUUCUGGCUAUUCUUCGAUCCAUUCGAAUGGUAGUCUUCUGUUUUCUUCCAUGUCUCUCUGGCUUUGCUGUCCAUUUUAAAGCACUGGAGAUCAUUUUAGCUAAGCAGCCCAUCAUUUUCUGCACUUCUUUACAGUAUAUGUUUUACCUCUCCAAUCAACGUUUUAAUCAAAGCACGCUGUUCUUCUGAACAAAGUCUGGAACGACCCAUGUUUCUCAGGUUUUCAGAGAGAAAUGCAUGUACAACAUGUGCUGGCUUCAUCCUUAAAUUAGGGCCACCUGACUGACAUCUGUUUUUUCACAGAAUGAAUGAUCUCACUAAUUAAACUCCACACUGCUAUUAUUUUGAACACGUCCCUUUCACUUAAUUAUUCGAUUACACAGACUCAGGAGCAUGCAUAUCAUGAAUGUUGGGUCUGUUGGUUUUCUAUGACUCUACUACACCUACUGGUAAAUUAUUUGCCAUGUAGUAAUAUAAUUUCCACCAAAAACAGUGAUUGAUCUGGUUAGUCGUGUUGGACUGCUAUUAUUUUGAA